AGGCGCACGCGCGAGACAACGCGUUUACAUAGCAGCUGAUUAAAAUACUGAUUAUAAUGACAAUGUACUCAAUUAUAUAGGUAACUGAACUUUUUAUUAUCGGUACGGUUGCAAUUUUCGUCUUAGAACAUAUCGAGGCCACCAUAUAGUGUUUUCGUGGGUCCUCGCUGACGUUUUUUAGUAUACAAAACAAAUAGUGCUUAAGUCGUCCGUUUUAAAAAGAAGUACGAUUAUUAUUUGUCUUGUUUAAAACAAAAAGUCUAAAAACUAUAACGCUGUGAACAUGUCGAUUGCAGAGUCAUGCGACGAAAAACGUCCAGUUCGCAAUUCCAUACCAGUCGUCUACGUGAACGGCACUCAUUACGAAGUCGGAUACAGCGUGGGGCGGACUAAUGGACAAAUGAUAAAAGAAUUUCUAAAGGCUUAUACGCCGUUGCAAGAUGAUUAUUUAAAAAUGAUUGCCGAACCGGAAGGUCGAGCCAUUUACGAAGAAAGCUUGAAUUCGACAAAAAUGUACUUUCCACAGUAUGUGAUCGAGCUGCAAGGCGUAGCUGACGGCGCACAGGUCUCUUUUGAAGAGCUAUUUCUGAUGGCUUUGGACGACACGUUGCCGGUAAAUUUAAAAAAAGGACCGAUAGAAAAAGGACCCGUCGGAUGUACUUCGCUCAUGAUUAACCAACCUAAUGGACAGUUUUUGGGACACACGGAAGACGCGAUGGCCGCGACCGAGGACCAUUAUUACAUUGUAGCAGCUCACAUAGUACCCAGUGAGGACGAAUCCGGUGGCAUAUUCAAAGCCAGGGAGGAGAAAUUCGAAGCGUUGGCUUAUGCAGGACAUUUGCCGGGAUACGCCAGCGGGCACAAUUAUCACGGUGUCGUGUUCUCGAUCAAUACGCUGUGCACAGACAAUCCACUCAGGGGCCGCAUACCGCGCGAGUUCAUCACCAGAGCGUUGUUGUCGACGAGGGCCGACAUGGCAGAAAUUAUAGAAAUACUCACCAACAAAGGCGUGGGCACCGCCGAUGCUUUCAAUGUGAACUUGGCCUUUUUGAACGUGCCCAGAGAUUCGCGAACGUUCUACACAAUCGAAGUGAUGCCUUACAACGGAGAACCCAAAUCCGAGGUUUACCCCACUGAAUUCCCUCUGGGCAACAACUCGGUGCACGCGAACAGGUUACUCUAUUUAAAGCCGUCAGAUGGUCAGAGGGAACUACGCGGAAGCAACAGCAGCGCGUCAAGAGAAAACCGGUACAAAGUACUAACCAAAAACAAAGUUGCCACAAGUUUAAGAGACAUGUUGGAAAUAAUGGGCAACCGGGACGAUGGCAAGAAUAGUAUAUUUCUGAAUUGGCCAAACGACAUUGGCAAAACCGUUCAUUUGGGCGUUUUCGACUUUGAUAAGAAAGUUUGGAUAAUGUGGACCAAGAAUCCAUUGGACAGCCCGCCUCUACUGCAGUUGCCACUCACGUUUGUAGACAUGGUCGACGGCAUCGACGAAAGUCAUUCUGAACUUUUGUAAAAACGAAGAAACGGCCUUAAUCAUUUAUUGUCAUAUUCAUAGUAUGUAAUUUAUUAUAAUUUGUUCUUUAUAAUGGUUUUAUUUAUGUAUUGCAUUUAUUAGUAAAUCAAUUUGGAUAAA